GAAGCCUAAAGAUACAUCUGACACUGCACUUCCUCCCAGGAAAGCUACCCUCAGUCAGUUUGCAACAUACUGAACUCUCAAACGUCAUAGAUGCAGUUGGAGCGGAAGUCGUGGUCUACCUUUUUCAAGCUGUUUUCCACUCAAGGGGCUUGGACUCUUACUAACGCACAAAGCAAGGUCCAAUCUGGCAAUUUCUAAUAUUUUUUUUCCAGCUGACAACCAACCGUCAGGUUGAGCAGCCGUUCGAUGGUGCCCUUCAUCUGCAACGCUCAGAGGUUUUGAGCCGAAUUAUGAGCCUACCAAGAAAGUCUGAGGAGCACAGCAGACAUUCAAGACUUUCUAAGUUUAGCACAGAGGGGUCAUACCACUGGCACUAUUACAAAAAGCCCUGGCUGAACCAGCGCUCCCAGUCCGCCCCGGUGCAGCCGCUGGGUGAGUACGAGUGGAGGACCUCUGCCGACCUAAAGCACAAUGUACCCAAGGUUAAGAGGUUGGACAGUAAAGGUAACAUUGCCCUGGAACCUAUCCAUCUCAGGGUUUUGAGUCUGCCACGGAGUAUCCCCAGCACCGCAACAACUGGACCAGUGGAAAAGCCCAGUGGAGAUGAGAAGCCAUGGUCACUGCGCUCCCUGAUUCCCUUCCACAGGUCUGUUUCGGAGCCCGGGACUGGCAGCAGCGCAGAGAAGACUGUAGUUCGGAAGUUGCGUUCAAAUGCGGAGGAGCAAAAUGGCCCCUUUGUCCAUGGCCUGUUUUCCUCUGUAUCACGGAGGAUCAGCAAGAUCCUCAGCAUUAAGGAUGAGCCUGACCCCAACCACCAAGUGCCCGAUGUGAAGGGACCACCGACACACCGCUUUUCCUGCGGCCAGUCGCCCUACUCUGAGACCAGCAUGUGGGAGCGGAAGUACUGCAUCCUGACUGAUAGCCAGCUCAUCCUGCUCAACAAGGAGGAAGAGAUGCCAGGUGAGGUGGUUGAUAGUCCUACAGAGUCAUCCAAGGGGAGGAGCCUCCGUCGAACAGUCAGCGUUCCAUCCGAGGGACAGUUCCCAGAGUUCCAGCCAGAGGGCGCCUCCAUUCUAGAAGUGUCUGCUGAGAGGUCCCCAAGGAGGCGGAGUAUAUCAGGCCUGGGUUCAGAAAAGAACCUAUCUCUGGACGCACCCAACACGUCCCCCUUCAAAGUACCGGGUUUUUUCAGCAAACGUCUGAAGGGAUCCAUAAAGCGGACAAAGAGUCAGACAAAACUGGACCGCAACACCAGCUUCAGACUUCCUUCUCUGAGACCUUCAGAAAAUGACAGAUCCCGAGGGCUGCCUAAGUUGAAGGAGUCGUGUUCACACGAGUCCCUGCUCAGCCCGGGCAGCGCGGUCGAAGCACUGGAUCUGGGAAUGGAGGAGGAUGUGUACGUCAAGGCUCUCCACAGCAGCAUAUUGGGUCAGGAGUUCUGCUUCGAGGUCACCUACUCAGGAGGCAGUAAGUGCUUCAGCUGCUCUUCCGCCUCUGAGAGAGACAAAUGGAUGGAGAACCUGAAGAGGACAGUCCAACCCAACAAGGACAACUGUCGACGAGCAGAGAACGUCCUCCGCCUGUGGAUCAUCGAGGCCAAGGACCUGCCCCCUAAGAAGAAGUAUUUCUGCGAACUGUGCCUGGACGAUGUCCUGUACGCCCGCACCACCAGCAAGACCCGGACCGACUCCCUCUUCUGGGGGGAGCACUUUGAGUUCUACAGCCUGCCGCCGGUGCGCAGCAUCACCGUGCACAUCUACAAGGACGUGGACAAGAAGAAGAAGAAGGACAAGAACAACUACGUGGGCCUGGUCAACAUCCCUGUUGGAGGGGUGACGGGGAGGCAGUUUGUGGAGAAGUGGUACCCUGUCAGCACUCCCACCCCCAACAAAGGGAAGGGAGGCGGACCCUCCAUCCGGAUCAAGUCCCGCUUUCAGACCACCUCCAUCCUGCCCAUGGAGCAGUACAAGGAGUUUGCCGAGUUCAUCACGAACAACUACACCAUGCUGUGCUCUGUCCUGGAGCCGGUGAUCAGCGUGAAGAACAAGGAGGAGAUGGCCUGUGCCCUCGUACACAUCCUUCAGAGUACCGGCCGGGCUAAGGACUUUCUGACAGACCUGGUGAUGUCCGAGGUGGACCGGUGUGCCGACCAUGAAGUCCUGAUCUUCAGGGAGAACACGCUAGCCACCAAGGCCAUCGAGGAGUACCUGAAACUGGUGGGACAGAAAUACCUGCAUGAUGCACUAGGGGAGUUCAUUAAAGCACUGUACGAGUCAGAUGAAAACUGCGAGGUGGACCCGGGGAAGUGCUCUAGCAGUGAGCUCCCUGAGCACCAGAGCAACCUGAAGAUGUGCUGCGAGCUGGCCUUCUGCAAGAUCAUCAACUCCUACUGCGUGUUCCCGCGGGAGCUGAAGGAGGUGUUUGCCGCGUGGAAGCAACAGUGUCUGACCCGAGGGAACCAGGACAUCAGCAAGAGGCUCAUCAGUUCCUCGCUGUUCCUCCGCUUCCUCUGCCCCGCCAUCAUGUCCCCGUCGCUCUUCAGCCUCAUGCAGGAGUACCCAGAUGACCGCACCUCCCGCACCCUCACCCUCAUCGCCAAGGUCAUUCAGAAUCUGGCCAACUUCGCCAAGUUUGGCAACAAGGAGGAGUACAUGGCGUUCAUGAACGACUUCCUGGAGCAUGAGUGGGCGGGCAUGAUGCGUUUCCUCUCGGAGAUCUCUAACCCAGAAACCAUCUCCAACACACCCGGCUUUGAAGGUUACAUCGACCUGGGCCGGGAGCUGUCCGUCCUCCACUCGCUGCUAUGGGACGUGGUGUCCCAGUUGGACAAGGGUGAAAAUUCCUUCCUGCAGGCCACCGUAGCCAAGCUGGGCCCCCUGCCACGCAUCCUGGGGGACAUCACCCGCUGUCUCUCCAGUCCGACGCCCAUCCAACAGCAGCUACGGCGCUUCCAGGACUGCAGCUCGUCCCACAACAUCAGCAGCAGCGUCUCCUCGGGCCUGCAAAGGAUAUUCGAGGAUCCAGCCGACAGUGAAGUUCGCAGUAUCAAGUCCCCGGUCCAGGAGCAAAUCAUUGACGUUCUCCCCCGGGGGAAGCACCCGCUCUUGGGCCAGCAGUCGUCUGCCCACAGCAUGAGUUUCUCAGAAAAAGAGGAGCGGGAGAACCCCCUGCCGAAUGGACGCAGCAUUUCCCUGGUGGACCUCCAGGACCCUCACACAGUCCAUAGUGGCCAGGGACCCCUCCCUUUGCACGAUGCCCCCCUCCGACUGAGCAGGGUGGGCUCCCAGGUGUCCGUGGGACACCCCCACCAGGCGACCACUUCGCAGUCGCACCAAGCCCUCCACCAGAAGCCGGCGUUACGGGACAACCUCCCCCAGAGCGCCCCACAGGUGCGUCGGCCGCUCCCCCCCUCCCUCAGCCAGCAGAGGAGCCUCCAGCCCCUCUCCUUCCAGAACCCGGUCUAUCACCUCAGCAACCUGACACAGCAGCAACAGCAACACAUAGCUGCCCACUCCACCGCGCACUCGGUCCACUCCGUGCGCUCCCUGCAGCCGGACUCCAGCUCGGAGAACCUGAGCACGGACAGCUCCCGCAGCCACAGCAACUCCGAGGCGGAGUCCGGAGCUGGGAGCCAGGCAGCGAGAGUGCGCCGGGUCCCAUCCAACAGCAGCCUAGAGGAGUACAGCCGCCAGAGCACGCAGAGCGAGGACUGCUCCACACCGCGCCGCCACGCACCAAACGAGCACUCCGCCGGGGCCCACGCGGUGGCGGUGGCCCGGCAGAGCACGACGGGCACCGCCCACAUUGUGAGGGUGGAGCAGCAGAGCCGCGGGGGGAGUGCCGAGGCCUGGCCUCCCCGCUCGCUGCCCCACAGCGCCUCCCUGCGCAGCAGCAGCUCCGUCAACACGGAGCCCAUGCCCGUCCCCAUCCAGGCUCAGCCGGGAGCCAGUGUGACGGGCCACUCGCGCCAGCAGUCCCCCUGCUCCAUGGAAGGCCCGACGGUUCCUGUCAGGAGCGUGGCCAAACAGCACACGCCCCAGCAGGUGGCUUCGCCGGUAGAGCCUGUCACCAUGUCGCCGGUAGAGAGGACGGCGGCGUGGGUGCUAAAUAACGGCCAGUACGAGGACGAGGAUGAGGCCCGAGCAGAGCAGAGCAGCCAGGACAACAGGCACACAGAGAAGUACGAGCAGGAGAUCUCCAAGCUGAAGGAACGCCUGCGGGUGUCUAGCCGGCGUCUGGAGGAGUACGAGCGACGCCUUCUGGCCCAGGAGCAGCAGAUGCAGAAGCUGCUGAUGGAGUACAAGGCGCGCUUGGAGGACAGUGAGGAGAGACUACGGCGACAGCAGGAGGAGAAGGACAACCAGAUGAAAAGCAUUAUCUGCAGGUUAAUGGCAGUAGAGGAGGAACUGAAGAGGGACCAUGCAGAGAUGCAGGCUGUCAUCGACGCAAAGCAGAAGAUCAUUGACGCACAGGAGAAAAGGAUAAGCUCCCUGGACGCAGCCAACUCUCGGCUGAUGAGUGCCCUGACACAGGUGAAGGAGCGCUAUAGCAUGCAGAACCUGCGAAAUGGCCUCUCGCCGACCAACCCCACAAAACUGUCGAUCACUGAGAACGGAGAGUUUAAAAACAGCAGCUGCUGACUUCUAGUCGGACACAUGCUCUCCAUGCACACGCAGACCAAGGACCUGUGGACCUCUGGACUGGACUAUACAUCUACAAGGAAUGUAUAUCACUGUAUAUAAUGUGGAACUUGUUUUGGUUGUACAGAUGAUACUGGAAAAGACGGGUCUUUUGAAGAUGGAAACGGGAUCAACUGUUGUCAUGAAAUAGUGAAUUGGUGUUUUAUAAAUGACAUUAUUAUUACCAUAUGCAGACCCGUGCGAUUUUAAAAUAUUUUAAGUUUUCUCUAAUUUAGAGAUAUAUUGAAGAGAUGUACAUAUCAUGAAGUGGGUUUGUUUAAAUAAAUAAAAGCACAUCGUAAGCAGUUAUAGCCAUACAAACUUAUUGAACACAUGAUAGGAGUGGAAGGGCAAAAAUAAACCAAAAACAGUUUUAUGCACUCUGUUUUUCUAACCCUACUUUUUAAUAUAUUUUUUAACUUCUGCCUUCUAAAUUUAGGGUUUGAUUUUGUUUAGAUUUGCUGAUUUUGAGUAUAUAGCGACUGCUGCUUUCCCAUUUAGCUGAAAUCCUAGGUCUUUUGAGUUCAGGUUCUUAAGACCUACUGGAUCUUCCAAAAUUUACUAUCUCACUCCACCACUUAGCCACCACCUUGCAAAUGUUAUUUAUUUCUGUACUGCCUACUGUCAAGCCUUCAAGAUCCUAAGAGAAGAUUUUAACAUAACAGUCCUCCUGAAUUAGUAAAAUGUUCAAUUUCAUGUCAAUAUCUACUGUUACUUUUUUUUUUUUCUGUAUUUCCUCACAUUACUGUGAGCCCCACACAGGCACAAACUUUUCUGUUCCACAGAAACCUUGAAUGAACUGGUUUAUGACAAUAAUUGAUUAUGUGUCAGUUGUUGAAUGUCGUUGUGAAUAAAAGCUGCCUGUAAUAUUGUG